AUGGCCUGGAGUAAGGUACCUCUGCUCUUACGUGGAUUUCUCCUGCUGGUUCUAUGUAGACCCUCCCUUCAAGGAGGAGUUUACUUACCAGCUGGUGCAGGGGGUGGAACUGGAGCUGGAUUAGGGGCUGGGGUUGGACCUGGAGCUGCAAUUGGAACUGGUCCAGGAGGUGGACUUGGUGGUGGAAUCGGAGGUGUUGGGCCAGGAGUUGGUCCUGGGGGAGCUGGAACAGGAUUAGGUCUAGUUGCUGGCGGUCUUGGAACAGGGCCAGGAACUGGAAUUAGACCUGGAACUGGAAUUGGUGGAAUUCCUGGUUUCAAACCAGGAAAGACAGGAGGCUAUGGAAGUGGUCUUUUAGGCCCUGGGGGACAAGGUGCUGGACUGGGUGCUGGAGGUCUUCGACCUGGAGUACCAGGGGGAGUUGGACCUGGUGGUUAUGGGGCUGGUCCAGGUGUAGGUGGUCUAGGAGUUGGAGGACUAGGUACAGCAGGUCUUGGCGUUGGAGGGUUAGGCACUGGAGGCCUUGGAUCAGGGUCCAUUGUCAAGCCACCUAAGACAGGAGCAUAUGGAGGUCAGCCUGAAAUUGGACCAGGUGGUGCAGGUGUUGUCCCUGGAACUGGCUGGCUUGGAACACAUGGAAUAGUUAGUCCAGCUGGUACUGGUCCAAUAAGUCCAGCAGGCACUGGACCUGGUGGUAUAGGACCUGUUGGAAUAGGACCUGGAGGUGUCAGACCUGGAGGGAUUGGUCCUGGUGCUGGUUUUGGAACUGGUGGCCUUGGAACAGGUGCUGGUGGAAAACCUCCUAAACCAGGAUAUGGGGGUCAAGCUAUUCCAGGAACUCUUGGAACUGGAGGUCUUGCUGGUGGUCUUGGAGGCCUUGGACUCAGGCCAGGAGGUGCUGGUGGCCUUGGAGGUUUAGUACCCGGUGGUGGAGUUGGAAUUAGUCCUGGGACUGCUGGUGGCAUAGGCACAGGUGUUCCUGGACAAAGAAUUGGUGGGAAACCUGGAAAACCAGGAUAUGGUGGUGCAAGUCUAGGCACUGGUCUGGGUGCUGGUGGGUUAAGCCCUGCCGGUGUGGGCACAGGCAUUGGAGGGCUUGGCCCUGGUGGAGUUGGUCCAGGAGGAGCUGGAAGAGGUCUAGGUGGAAAGCCCCUCAAAACAGAUUAUGGAGGCCUUGGUGGUUAUGGCCCACGGGGUGUCAGCCCUGGAGGAAUAGGGCCUGGAGGGGUUGGAACAGGUGGUAUUGGACCUGGUGGAGUUGGACCAGUUGGAGUUGGACCAGUUGGAGUUGGACAAGGUGGAGUUGGAACUGGUGGCAUUGGACCAGGUGUCUUGAGUCCAGGUUAUGGUGGGCCUGGUGGCUUUGGUAGUGCACCAUUGGGAACAGGAAGUCUUGGAGCAGGAGAUCCAAGGCUUGGUGCUAGUCUAUUUGGACCUGGAGGUGCUGGGACAGGUUACCCAACAGGCUUUGGUGGAUAUGGUGGCCUGGGAGGUCUUUAUCCUGGAGCCGGAGGGGGUGGUCAGAAACCACCAAAACCAGGAGAUGGAGGACAAGCAGUUGGUGGAAUUGGAUUGGGUCCUGGUGGUGUAGGAGUUGGUACAGAUGGUGCAGGAAUAGGUCCAGGUGGUGCAAGAGUCAGUCCUGGGGGUGUGGGUGUUGGGCCUGGAGGUGUAGGAAUUGGACCUGGUGGAACCGGAGUUGGACUUGGAGCAGCAGGGGUUGGGCCUGGUGGAGCACCUUUUCUACCUCAAACUGGAUUAUCAGUAGCUGGAACUGGGACAGCUACUGGUAGCAAAGUUGGAAAGACUGGGAAGGCACCAGUGCCAGGUAUUGGAAUUCCUGGGCUAUAUCAAGGGGGCAUUGUUCCUGGACAAGGUUUUGGUGGUAGAGGUGUUCUGCCAGGUGUAGCCACAGGAUCUCAAACAGGUCAGCUUGGUCAAGGUGCACUCGGAUCCAAUGGAGGCCGUGGAGGCUUUGGUCAACAAUUACCAGGCGUAUUCCGUGGAUAUCCCCUAAUAUUACCUAAGCCUGGAGGUACAAACUCUGCAAAGUCUCAGGCUAAAGCUGCCAAGUAUGGGGCCGGUGGUGUACCAGGUGCAGGCGGUGUACCGGGCAUAGGUGGUGUACCAGGUACAGGUGUGUUACCUGGCAUAGGUGGUGUGCCAGGUGCAGGUGGUGUAACGGGCAUAGGUGGUGUACCAGGUACAGGUGUAUUACCUGGCAUAGGUGGUGUACCAGGUGCAGGUGGUGUUCCAGGCACAGGUAGUGUGCCAGGCGCAGGUGGGGUUCCAGGCACAGGUGUUGUUCCAGGAGCAGGUGGUGUACCAGGUGCUGGAGUCAUUCCUGGGGCUGGAGGUGUAACUCCUGGAAUCGUUUAUCCAGGAGCUGUUGGUACCUAUCCUGGUGGUGCUGGGGCAAAAGCUCGGAAGUAUGCUUUAGCAACAGGAACUGGUGGACUUGGAGCUGGUGUAGUUCCUGGCUCUGGUUUGGGAGUGGGUGGUCUUGGAACUGGUGGGCCCCUAGGUUCUGGUUUAGGAGCAGGUGGUCUUGGAACUGGUGGGCCCCUAGGUUCUGGUUUAGGAGCAGGUGGUCUUGGAACUGGUGGGCCCCUAGGUUCUGGUUUAGGAGCAGGCGGUCUUGGAACUGGACUUGUAGCUGAUACUGGAGGAUAUGCUGCAGCCAAAGCACGAAAAUAUGCUCAGCUUGGAAGUUCUGGUGGGACUUUAGGUACUGGAGGCUUAGCCGAUGGUGGUCUAGGUGGACUACCUGGUGGUGGAGUUGGAACUGGUGGACUACCUGGAGGUAGGAUUGGUGGCUUACCUGCUAGAGGAGCUGGUGCACUACCUGGUGGUGGAUUUGGUAGUCUCCCUGGUGGUGGGGGUUUUGGAUGGCUCCCUGGCUCUGGAACUGGAUAUGGAGCAGAGGCAAAAGCUCACAAAUAUGGUCAACUUGGAGGUGCUGGUUUAGGCCCAGGCAGUGGAUUUGCUGGAGGUAUUCCAGGUGGAUUACCGGGUGCUGGUGUGGGACCAGGUGGGGCAGGUGUUGGAGUUGGAGGCUAUAGACCAGGAACAGGAGAUCUACAAGGAACUGGAACUGGACAAGGGGGUAUUCCUGGUUUGGGCUAUGGACCAGGAGGUGUGCCUGGUGGUGGCCUUGGACCUGGAGGCUACGUUGGGGCCAAAGCUCUCAAAUAUGGUGUUCCUGGUGGAGUUGGUGGAACAGGAUUGCCUGGAGGGUUAGGAGGGACACUUGGUAGUGGAACAUUGCCAGGUGUUGGAGCUGGUGGAGCUGGUGGAGGGACACCAGUCAGUGGUUAUGGACCAGGAGGUGUACCUGUUGGUGGCUAUGGACCAGGAGGUGUACCUAGUGCAGGAUAUGGACAUGGCUCUGGAGUAUAUCCAGGUGGACCUAAAGCUCUAAAAUAUGGUCCCGGUGUAAGUGUAGGGGCACCAGGACUUGGUCUGCAGACUAGGGUAGGAACAGGUCCAAUUGCAGGACUUGGAAUAGGAGCAGGGCCAGUUGGUGGUUAUGGUCCAUGGACUGCAGGAGGUGUAGCAAGUGGUUUACCUGGUUCUGGUGGAGCUCUAGGAGCAGGAGGUGUACCAGGAGCUGGAACAGGAGUUGGAGGGCUUGGAGGAGGUCUUGGGACUGGGUCUGGACUUGGAGGAGUUCCAGGUGGAGUGCCGCUAGCUGGAUAUGGGGGGUAUGGAGGUUAUUGGGGUGCACAGAAACCACCUAAAUAUGGACAGCCAGGUGGUGGGGCUGGAAGCGUGCCAGUUGGAUCAGUACCAGGAACAGGUGCAAUUGGGGCCACAGGAACUGGGGUACCAGGUGUCACAGGAGGUGUGCUUGGAGGAACCGCAGUUCCAGGUAGUGCAGUUGCCACCGCAGAUCGUGCAGCAAGUUCUAAACCUGGAAUAGAUGGUGAUGCAGUGACUGGCAGCACUGAUGGUGGAACUCGUGGUGCUGGAGAAGAUCAAGGUGGAAUAAAAGCUCCAAAGAGUGAAUCUGGAGGGCCAAUAGAGGGAUCAGGUGGGUCCACUGGAGGUGGCCCGAGUGAAGGUGUUACUGUUGGGCCCAUUGAUGUUGACAGACUUCAUGGAGUUACUGGGACCGGAAUACCAAUCUUAGCUGGAGCAAAACCAGGCAUUGGAGGUGGUGCCAUUGCUGGACGUGGAGAUACGCCAGGUACUAUUGAAGGAGGACUUGGAAGUGUAGGUGUAGGUCCAGGUGGGGUUGGUGGAGGGCCAGGUGUAUCAGCAGGAGUAGGCGGGGUUCCAGGAGGAGUAGGUGGGGUUCCAGGAGCAGUAAGCGGAGUUCCAGAAGGAGUAGGCGGGGUUCCUGGAGGAGUAGGCGGGAUUCCAGGAGCAGUAGGCGGGGUUCCAGGAGGAGUAGGCGGGGUACCUGGAGGAGUAGGCGGAGUUCCAGGAGGAGUAGGCGGAGUUCCAGGAGGAGUAGGCGGGGUUCCAGGAGGAGUAGGUGGAGUUCCAGGAGGAGUUGGUGCUGGACCAGGAGGAGUUAAACCUUCUAAAGUUUAUGGUAGCGCAGGUGGAACAGGAGGAGUGGGUGGAGCUGGACUUCUGCCUGGAGGUGGUGGUCUGCUACCAGGAGGUAUAGGCGCAGGAGUUGGAGCACAGAAACCAGGCAAAAGUUAUGGUGGAGUUGGAAGUUUAGGAGCUGGUGGUAUCCUGCCAGGGACUGGUCUCAGAUUUCCAAGUGGGGCUGCAGUGGGCAGCAAACCAGGAAAAGUUUAUGGGGCAGCAGGUGGGCUUGGUGGCCCAGGCAGAUAUGGAGCAGGACCUGGUGGCUAUGGGGCUGGACCAGGUGGAUACGGUGGAGGACCAGGUGGUGCUGGUGGACUUGGAGGGACCGGACUUGGUGGCUAUGGAGGAGCUGGAACACUAGGUGGGGCUGGAAGAGGAGGUAUUGGUGGAGGUCCUGGAGCCAUUAAUGGCGGUCUGGGCUUUGGACCAGGAGGUGUUGGGGGAGGUCCUGGAGGACUCGGUGGAGGUCCCAGAUAUCCAGGUGCAGGUCUGGGAGCUGGAGCUUGGAAGCCUGGAAAAUCCGGGUAUGGCGGUGUAGGUGGAGCUGGAAGUGUGGGAGGUCUUGGAGGAGUCGGUGGGGGUCCAGGAAGUCUAGGAGGAGGUCCUGGACGCCCAGUAGGAACAGGUGGAGUUCUCAGGUACCCAGGAGGAGCAGGAACUAAACCAGGUUUUGGCACAGGUGCAUUGAGUGGUCAAGGUUAUCAGCCAGGUGGUGUAGUGCCAGGAUAUGGAACUGGUGUUGGUCCUGGCGGUGGAUAUCAACAAGCAUAUCCAGGCUAUGGAGGUACUGGUGCGGGGGGACCUGGAACCGCACCACUUACACCUCAACAAUCAAAAGCAGCCAAAUAUGCAGCUCUUCAAGGCUUUCUAGGUGCAGGAGGCUACAGAGGGGGCGCAGGAUGUCAAGGCAAAUACUGCGGAAGGAGAAGGAAGUGAGAUUCCAGCGGAAAGAUGUGACCUCAUAAACAAGUGGUGCUACUGCCUGAUCUCAAAUGCACUUUUUUUUUUUUUUUUUUUUUUUUUUUUUUACAGUUGAUUAAAAAAGUGCCUCGUAUAAUAUGUGAGAGAGAUUUGCAACAUUAAGUAUUUUUUACCUAUAUGAUUAUGUGUGACCUGAACAGGUGUGAUGUGAACCUCACAGGGCACUCUUUGCACUGCCUACGGUCCCUUUACUUAUUAACCAUGUCACUAUAAAUUUCCUUUACAAAUGAUAAUGUUUAAUCAAGUUUUCCCAAAUCAGUUAAUGUUACAUUCUAACACAUAUUAAACCCAGCUUUGCAUAACAUUAUGGUUGGGUGAGUUGCUCACACUCAUUUCAGUAGCUGUAUAUUCAGACAUAUGUCAUCUUGGGACGUGUCGCUGCUAUUUCAGGAUGAACUGUGUCAGUGGAGGAAGCAGUGUCAUUAAGCUACUGUACUGUAUAUGUUUUAGCCACCUUUUCAAACACUAUGCACUUCUCUCUGCUAUUAUAAAGUAAAAGAGGCCUCCUCUCUUUACAACUGUUUGCGUAUGAGUGCAUGACUCAUUUAAUUUUAUAGUUUUUUUUUUUUUCAAGAGCUUCAUACGGUGAAAUAAGUCAUACAAAGAAAUGGGAUGCAAAAUCGUUGUCUUUUUGUAACUGCUGCAUUUGACAGUACCGGCUGAGACAGUUUAUAAGUACUGAGGAUUACAAGCUGUCUUCAAAGAUACCUCAGGAACUUGAAGCAGUUUCUUUUAUUCUGACCCUAGUAAAACCUUGUUUGUUUAAUGUUUUAAAUUAUGUUAAAGGGAUAGUUCACACAAAAAUGAAAAUUCUCUCAUCAUUUAAUCACCCUCAUGCCAUCCCAGAUGUGUAUGACUUUCUGU